AUGAACUGCAAAAUUGAAGGGAUUUCAGAAUCACACCAUAAGCAACACUUUAUUGCACCAUCAGGUGCAAAUUCAUUAGUGAAAUAUUUUUUGAAUAACGCUAGUAUAGAUUGUACCAAAUUUGAAAAAAGGGUUUGUGCAAUUACCCCUACAGGUAAAGUGACAUGUAUUUGUGGAAGUGAAGAGUCGUUUGACUUAAUAGUGAUAACAGCACCAGCACCACAAAUACUUCAAAUGGAUUGCCCAAUGUCUCAAACAGUUCGCCAUGAACUAGAAAAAGUUACCUACAGUACACGUUUUACGUAUAAUAUGUUUUAUGAAAAACCCAUAUUAGAAACAGAAUGGGAUGUAAAAUUUUUAAAUGAUGAAACGUUCAGAUAUGUUUCUAUAGAAAAUAGAAAACGAGAACAAUAUAAUUUACCAGAUUGUGUGGUUUUCCAUACAACUAAGGAAUUUGGACAACAACACAUAAAGGGAACUACGGAAAGUAUGUUUCAAAUGUUAAAUGAUAAAGUAAACAAAUUAUUUCCAGAAUGGCCAUUACCUGCAUCAUGCAAUGUUCAUAAAUGGUUAUAUUCACAAGUCACAACUCCAUAUAGUAACAAUCCUGGAUGUGUUUUACUAAAUGAAUCCAUUCCAAUUAUAGCUGGUGGAGAUAGUUUCACCCAGUCAACAUUUAAUGGUUGUAUAGAAUCGGCACUUAAAAUUUGUGAGACUAUAGAAAAUUUUAAAUCAUAA